AACUUUUUUUUUAUAUUGUCCAAACAGAAUUAUUAGGUAGUGGACCAUUGUACAACACAUAUUAUUGUUACUCUUAACUUUUCCCCACAUGUAUUUUUCCACAAGCCCCAUAUUCAUAUGUCGGAUUUUUCAUGCUUUAAUCAUUUUAUUAAUGGACCAUCUUAAACACUCAAUUCAUUAACACAAAAACAGUAUUCAUCUCUUAUAAAACUCACAAUCAACGGCUUCAGUUUCUUCAACUUGAUCUUAGUUUUAUCUCUACUGUUUCUCUUUCUCCAGCUUUCUUCCAAUAUUUUCCAUACAGCCCCUUUUUUACCAGCUCUGAGUAUACUAAAUAUCAAGACUUUUGAAAAUGGUUGAUCCCUCUGUGUCAAAUGCAGUUAAAAAACUGGGGGAUUUCCUCAUAGAGGAAGUUAACCUGCGUUUAAGUCUGAGAGAGGAAGUGCAGUGGCUUCGAAAUGAGCUUCUUUCCAUGCAGGCUUUCCUCAAAGAUGCAGAAGAAAAGCAAGUUGGAGAUCAUAGAGUUCAACAAUGGGUGUUUAAUAUCAGCUCUGUUGCUAAUGACGCUGUCGCUAUACUGGAGACUUACAGCUUAGAGGCUGGUGAAGGUGAUGGCGAUGGAUUUGCUAGUCGUCUCAAGGCUUGCGCUUGCGCUUGCAUCUGCAUCUGUAUGAAGGAGUACAAAUUCUACGAAGUCAGCAAGGAGAUCCAAUCCCUCAAGCUGCGAGUCAUGGAUAUCUCUCGCAAACGAGAGACUUAUGGUAUUAGAAAUAUCGAUAAUAUUGCAGGAGAAGGGCCAAGUACACUGAGGAGAACUACCUCCUAUGUGGAUGAUCCGAUUUUUGUUGGCUUUCAAGAUGUUGUAGAAGGACUGCUAGCUGAAAUUCUCAAAGCAGAGCCUCACCGAAGCGUCAUCUCCAUUUAUGGCAUGGGCGGGUUAGGCAAGACUACUCUUGCAAAAAAACUCUACCAUAGUCCUAAUAUAGUCUCUAGGUUCCAAAAACGCGCUUGGAUGUGUGUUUCUCAAGAGUAUAAUGCCAUGGAUCUCCUAAAGCAUAUCAUCAAAUCCAUCCAAGGAAGUGACAGGGAAACUCUAGAUCUGUUGGAAAAGAAGACUGAAAUAGAUCUAGUAAGAGACCUUCAGAAUCUACUGAAAGGGGAAAAAUACCUUGUGGUGGUCGAUGAUUUAUGGCAUAGAAAAGAUUGGCAAAGGCUGAACAGAGCAUUCCCGGAUAGCAAGAAUGGCAGCAGAAUUAUUAUUACCACGCGGAAUGAGGAUGUUGCCGAAAGAGCAGAUAACAAAUGUUUUGUCCAUAAACUCCGUUACCUUAACCAAGAAGAGAGUUGGGACCUCUUUUGCAAGAAACUACUCGAUGUUCGGGUAAUGAGCCCAACAAUGAAAAGGCUAGCUGAGGAUAUGGUGGACAAGUGUAAAGGCUUACCUCUUGCAAUUGUUGUAUUAAGUGGACUACUUUCGCAUAAAAGGGGGCUAGAACAAUGGCAAGAGGUGAAGGACCACCUUUGGAAGAAUAUUAAAAGGGACUCUGAAAAGGACUCUGUUCCUAUCUCCUACAUACUAUUAUUGAGCUACAAUGAUUUGCCAACUGAGCUCAAAAACUGUUUUCUUUACUUCGGUAUUUUCCCAGAAGAUCAUGUGAUCCCAGCGGAAGACAUAACGCGGUUGUGGCUGGCGGAGGGAUUCAUACCAAGAGAAGAAGAAAGAAUGGAGGAUGUCGCUAAAGGCUUCCUGAAUGAGCUGAUAAGACGAAGCUUGGUUCAAGUGGCAGAUACAUUUUGGGAAGAAGUUACUGCAUGCAGGAUUCAUGAUCUACUUCGGGAUCUUGCUGUAGAAAAGGCAUUGGAGGUAAACCUCUUCGACAUUUAUGAUCCAAGAAAUCACUCAAUAUCCCCCUUAUGUCCCAGACAUGUCAUUCAUGGUCAAGCACAAAGGUACCUCUCACUUGAUCUUUCUAACUUGAAGUUAAGGUCAGUUAUGUUCUUCGAUAGAGAUUUUUAUGAGUUAAGUCUUAUAAAGUUCCGUAAUCAGUUCCAACAUAUAUAUGUGUUGUACUUGGAUUCUCGUGAUGGCAGUACAUCUGAAUUACCUGAUGCCAUAGGAAGUUUGUACCACCUCAAGUUCUUAAGAUUUACUGCUAAUGGUAUCCCUGUUCUUCCCUCCUCCAUUGGCAACCUCAAGAAUUUACAGACACUUGAUGUCCAAAACAACACACACCCAUGCCAACUACCCCCCGAGACAGCCGACCUAGUAAAUCUAAGACAUUUAGUGGUUGAAUAUUCAGAACCUCUGAAAGGUAUAAACAAACUCACAAGUCUUCAAGUUCUUAGACGCAUUAGUUGUGAUCAGUGGAAAGAUGCUGACCCAGUUGAUUUAGUCAAUGUUCGAGAAUUAAGCAUGUAUGAUAUUAAGAAAUCUUACUCCCUAAACAACAUUAGCAGCUUGAAAAGCCUUAGCACUCUCGAAUUGUUAUGUGAAGAUGGUGAAUCAUUGCCAGCCCUAGAAUUUCUUAGUUCUUGUCAAAAGCUCCAGAAAUUGGGGUUAAAAGGGAGAAUAGAAAAACUGGCCCCAUUUCCAAAUUCAAUCACAAUGAUGAUCCUUUGGGAGUCAGAACUCAUGGAAGAUCCGAUGCCUAUUCUGGGAAUGUUGCCAAACCUAAGGGAUCUCCAAUUAAGAGAAGAAGCUUAUUCAGGAAAAGAAAUUACCUGCAGUGAUAACAGCUUCAGUCAACUGGAGUUCCUUCGUCUUGUUGGUCUUGAAAACCUAGAAAGAUGGGAUUUAGGCACAAGUGCAAUGCCUCUAAUUAAAGGUCUUCAUAUCCUUCGCUGUCCAAAGCUAAAGGAGAUUCCAGAGAGAAUGAAAGACGUGAAGAGAUCUGAUUUUUUAUGAAGCUUUU